UGGGCUGAGUCCUGAAUUUGUCUUGUUGGUCAAAGGAUUAAGUUUUGUUCACCUGAAUUCAAGAAGUUACUAAUAGAGAAGCAAUGGAAGGAAUGAGAAGACUGACAUCCAGAGUGGUAAAAUGACAUGCUCAAAAUCCCAUGGCUAGGCUAGGAAGUGAAGAGUUGGGAUUCAAACCCAGAUAUUCCAGGCUCCAGAAACUAUGAGUGGAGGAUCUCAAGUUCACAUUUUUUGGGGUGCUCCAGUCAGUCCACUGGAAAUGACAGUCUCACAGGAACCAGCCUCUUUAGCACCCACUACUGAGACCUGGAAAGAAAUUCAGGUUUUGUAUAAUCACCAUUCCUUAUCCCUGAAGGAUAAAAAAUGCAGGCACAAAAAUCCCAAGGACUGUCAGGCCCUGGAACCUCUGGGUCUUCCAGAUCUUCCUCAUGGUCAUACUCCAGCAAACUCUAUGAACAGAUCUGUUUACAUGAAAGAUGACUCCACACGUUGCAUUUCUGAAACACAAACUGUAAAUUCCCAGAAGAGUUACCUCUUGGGAAUGAGUGAUAGAACCAACUCCAGUGAGCAAAUAUGUGGAUUUAAGGGAGGAAUUCAGCAUUUUACUGAAGAAGAGAAGUAUCAAAAUCUUUCCAGUGAACUUAAGAAAACCACAAGCGAACAGCAUGAUCAAUCAAACAUAUGUGGUCAGAACAUUCCAAAAAAUUCCUUUCAUUUAGAUCAUAAGUGUGCAGCUAUACUGGAUGUGGUCUGUGGUACUGAACAGACUAAUACUCCAGAAGCUAUCAAAAUAAACCGUGCACCAACAGAGCAUCAUGAAAUACAGAACCAGUGUCUGGAGUUCUUCCCCUCUAACACAGUAGACAAACCUAGACCUGAAGGACUUAAAAUAUCCACUGAUGCUGAAUUUCUUAGUAUAAUGACCUCCAGCCAGGUUGCUUUUUUAGCUCAAAGGAAAUAUAAAGGGCAGAAUUCUAUAAAUAAAGGGACCAUAAACAUGGAGAUUGAACCAGAAGCAAGUUAUGGGGAAAUAAGAAUAACUGAGGAUAAUUUGAUUCAGUCCAAAGAUGAUUCUGCAGAAGGAUAUGAAGAUGGACAGAACCAAGCCUGUUCCGUUGAACUUUUUAGUCCUGUUUGUCCUGAAACAAAAAGUUGCCACACUCUCUUAAACGCUGAUAAAGAUCUUGAAGAAAACAUAGGAUCUCAAGAACUUUUCAAUUUUGAUGAUAACUUUCAACCAAAUGAGAUAUGCAUUGAGUCAUGUAACUCAGGAAUACUGUGUUCUCAACUAAAUACCUUCCACAAAAGUUCUGGUAAGAGAAGUUGGACCUCUGAAGAGAAAUCAGGCCACCCUCNGUCCCUGGUCAGGGAACUGGAUCCCACAGCCAUGACCAAAGAAACCAAGGGAAACAAUGAACACUUUAGAUGUGAGCAUUUCCAUUCCCUCGGAAGGGACACUAAGAGCUCUCGUGUUUCCUCUUCCUCAGCGCCCCCCUCUGAUGUCACCUACAGAAUGGUCGCUGCCGACCUGCUCCAUGCCUUGCUGGCGGGCAGCAGGGCACCUUGUGUCCUGAAGGUGCAGAGCCUCUUUGUGUUAGAUGAAAACAGCUACCCACUGCAACAGGACUUCUCCCUCCUGGACUUUUAUCUUGACGACUUGAAGCAUGCAUCCCAUGCCCUUCUCUGAGACCAGAGGAAGAAAAUGCUGGCACUUCAAGGAAGAGCACUGAAAUGAUUUGUCUUUGGAAAUGAAAUGACAGGGCUUUUGCUCAGGGUGUUAAAAUAAGUAUGUUUUAUAAAGAGAAUUGUGCUAAAUGUAUUAAUUAAAACUUUUUUU